AUUUAGAUGUAUCGGAGAUUCUAGAUAAUACUCACCCGAUCGUGGAUAAUGUUAAAAGACACAACAAAAAACCGCAAAAAUAUUCUCCCUUUAAGUUGAAUUCUCAAAAAUCUACAAUAAAAUUAAGAAAUCAUAGGCGGAGUCAUCUUGAUUUGGAACCCGCAAGAAGAGGCUUACCAGCGCAGUAUAGGAAAUAA